AAGACUGAGACUAGACCGUGAUAGAAACUGAAACAUUUCAAACAAGGACCCUGCCAUGAACACUAUACUAUACUAUAGUAUAAAAAACACCAGAAAGAGAUUGACUGCAAGGCUACCAUUCAAUCAAGCUUCUACGAGAACCGCUUCUCCUACCCAAGACUCCCGUCUUCGAUUUCAGAAAUGGCAAGCCAACUAAAAGAAUGGGUAGCUGGUAAUAAAGAAACAAUAGAAACUGUAAUGGAAAUAUUUGAGCAGGGAGCUGAAAUCAUUGCUAGCGUAGUGGGAGAGUUCUUCCCAAUCUUCCAGAUAGCCGCUCCGAUUGUGAAACUCGCCCUAGACAAUGUUGAAAGCACCGAAGCAGAGUACAUGAAGGAACAGUUCCAGAAAGUCAGGGACAAGUUAGACGUGGUUUCCGAAGAGAUCACCAGCAUCAACAAUGAGAUUAAGAAAAGCGGGAUGGACCAGCAAUACUUCGGAGUUGAAGAAAACCUGACGAACCAGUUUCGGAAGUUUAUGGACAUCCUAAACGCUAAACCGAAGUUCAAGGAGGUCAAGAGGAAGCUGUUCCUGGACUUCUUCAGCAGGACGGGUAAGGAACAAAAUCUUGAAAUCCUCUACAAUGCCGUGAUGGGGGCAGAGUUAUUCACAGAAUCCAUUCUCAACAUCACUCUGGUUUACGAGGAGAAGAAUCGUCGUGUCAUGGAAGAUUUCUGCUCUCGACUGAAACGGCUUUUCUGCAUCGGCUUGAUUGCGUUGAUCGGUCACGCUGCCCUUCUUGACGAAGACACAGAGGAAUUAGGAAGGCAGUGGGGGGAGAAGAUGGAGGCCGUUGAGACCAAAAUGAAAUCGGUCAUAGAGGACUGCAAAAAUUUCGCAGAGCAAGCGGAGAGUGACACCCGGAAACGCCUGAAAGAAAAGAACGACAGAACCAACCAGGAAUUCUCGCAGUACAUAUUCAGUUGCUUAGUGAAGAAAUAUGACUGGGUGAAAUGGUCGGUUAGGGUGUACAACCAUUCUGGAAAUUUCUUUCAUAACUGGCGGGCUGGUAAAGUCUACCACAGUGUCAGUGGAGAAAGCUACUUUCAGCUUUUUGACAACAACACCAAUGUUGUCGUGUCCUACAGUGUCAAACCAGAACCUGUAGAUAAAGCUCAAAUUCAGCAGUUGAUGGAAAGACUAAAGAAGACAAGGAACAUGAAGAAGGUAGCUGAGGAUGUCUACAGUCAUAUGCCUUCAUGCGUUGUGCAUGCUGUCAGUCGUUACAAAGAGGUGUCCGAAUCAAAGAAUUUCACUGAUGAAUGUCACUAUUUCAGAAGACAUAAAAACGUUUCAAUAUAUAUUCAUUCAGGGUAAUUACUUCCUAGGGGUAGAAUGACUACUAAUUUGUCAAACUGUCGAAUAGGUCCACUAGUCGGCAUUAUAAAAUAUAUAUAUAUAUAUUAAUAAAUCUUGUGUUUGAUAA